CAGAAGAUGACAGAAGCCCACUAAUGUAUGGUCCGGGCCCAAAUGUUGCUCCCAACAGCCCAAAAUGAUAACUCAAACCGGCCAUCGGAGACAUGAUGAUUCCCUAACUUCCCACCGGCUCACUAAACCCUUCUUCAACCCUUCCGACAGAUUCCCCUGCUUCUUCCCUUUCCCCUUGUUUUCCCAAUCUAUCUCCGGAGCCAAAACAACUCAAAACAUUCGUCUUCAUGAGGAACCUCCAUCUCUUCGGCCGCGAGCCACCGUCUUCCACAUUCGCCAACUUUGCCGCCAAAAUGUGCUGUACAGCCGCCGGUCAAUUACUUCGAUCUCUCUGCCCAACCACUGCUGAGUGUUCUCCCAAAUCCCAACAGCAAGACAGCGCAAUCGAUAGUGGUAAGACAGGGAAAUGGUUCAUUCUGCCACCUUUCAGUUCCACGGUGAACGGCACCGCUGCGGGGAGAGCACUAUCCUCCGCAGCUACCGCCGGGAAAGCAUCCACCGAAACCACGGCACUCAAAUGGGUCCUCCGGUGCUGCCCUGAGCUCCCCAGAAACCUCGUGCAGAAGCUGUUCCGGCUAAGACAGGUCCGUAGAGAAUCAGCUCAGGAGGGCCAGGUCAAAAGAGUGACAGCUAAGGAUUCAAUGAAUGUAGGGGACAAAAUAUUACUCCCUGGUUCAGUUAAUGUAUCGGUGACUGAGAAGGAGUUGCAUUGCAGUGAAGAAGAAGUGGAGUUUAUUCGUACCCUUGUGCUUUAUAAGGAUCCAGCAAUUAUUGUAGUCAAUAAGCCUCCAGGUCUGCCUGUUCAGGGUGGCAUUGGCAUCAAGAGAAGCUUGGAUGAAUUAUCUGCAACUUGUUUAAGUUACGACUACUCAGAGCCCCCUCGUCUGGUUCAUAGACUAGACAGAGAUAGCAGUGGGAUACUGGUAAUGGGAAGGACACAAGCAAGCACGACAUUUCUGCAUUCCAUUUUCAGGGAGAAAACUUUUGCAGCACCAGACAAGGAUGCCGGUAGGAGAAGAAGAAUCCUGCAAAGAAGGUACUGGGCGCUAGUCAUUGGAUCACCAAGACAUGCAAAUGGGAUCGUUUCAGCUCGCCUUGGAAAGGUGGUUUUGGAUGAUGGAAAAUCUGACAGAGUAACCGUAAUUGAAGAUCCUGAAAACACUUCCUCUCAGCAUGCCAUAACACAAUACAAAGUAAUUAAAGCAUCUUCUCAUGGCUAUACUUGGUUAGAGCUUUGCCCUCUCACUGGAAGAAAGCAUCAGAUUAGGGUACACUGUGCUGAAGUACUAGGAACUCCUCUAGUAGGGGAUUUCAAGUAUGGUUGGCAAGCUCAUAGGAAACUGAAGCAGUUGUCACAGUUCAAUCUCCAGAGUGACCCUAGUGGGGAACUUGUGGACAAGAAAAGGCUUCCAUUGGGGCUUGAUUUGGAAAAUGGAAGUGUAUCUGAUAAAACUCCACGGUUACAUCUCCACUGCAGGCAAAUGGUUUUACCUGAUGUGUUCCAGGCUUUGGAAGACAUCGAAACACGUGGUGACUAUGAUUUCUCGCGGCUGAAAAGCCUCAAAUUCGAUGCUCCUUUGCCUCGGUUUAUGGACCAGAGUUGGAACAUUUUGAGUUCCUGAAGAAUUUAGUGCAGGUGAUAUCAUAGGGAAUGAAAGAGGAGAUGCUAAGUCACUCAUGCUAGCUAUAUAUUGGCUGCUAUAUCACGAAGAACACUUCGGUUAGGCCACUCCUUUGGUCAGGCUAUUUGCAAAUUGCAAUGUCAGAUCUUCUCGAGGGUUCGAAAUGUCUUGUGUCAGAAGAUAUCUCCUCCCUGAAGUUGCUUGAUGUUCUGGAAAGUAUUGAACUUACUAUCUUUAUAUUUCAUAUGAUGUUAUUCAUUCACUCGUACUAGUGUCGGUAUCGAUACGCCAAGUUGGCUUGUCGAUGAAAGACUUGACUGUGCUUCAGAUCGAUAUCAGGUUCUGCAGAAACGGGGAGUCACCCUGCCCAUCCUCGUCACUGUUACUAGUCAUUCAGUCUUCCUGCAUGACUCGUCAGAGACGUAGGACACACGGUACCACUAAUGCUUUUGGGGAACCAAACAAAAUUUGCUUGCCUGG